UACCUACUUUGAGGGCGGGUUGUUCUUUGUUGAACGACACCCGAAACAAGAACCAAGUUGAGCUGGCCAACUCUACUCUCCUGUCGUCCCCUGCACCGUACCCUAGAGAUGGAGAAGUCGCCGACUUUGCCCUGCGAGUCGGAGGGCUCCUUGCAACCCCCGCCGCCGGACGACGACGACGCCAGCUCGGCGUGCUCCGACGAGCUGCUGGGCUCCCAGUCGCGCCGCUGGCUCGCGGAACUAUUGGCGGCGGACGACCCGGGCGUGCGCGCCAGCGACGCCGACGUCAACGGAGAGAGGAUGGCGGUGGGCCGCGACGGGCUCUUCGUCGACUAUCAUUUCCCACUCGGAGAGCUCGAGAUGAAGGCCGGCGUCAAGUGGAAGCGGCCCAAGGAGCUGUGCUCGUCGCCUCAGUUCACUGUUGAUGGAGCGUCACGCCUGGACGUCCGUCAAGGAAAGCUAAGUGACUGCUGGUUGCUUUCCGCCAUCGCAUCUCUGGCCGUACACCAACGUCUGCUCCGCAAGGUGGUUCCUCCCGGACAAACCUUCCAGGACGGAUACAAUGGCAGCUUCAUCUUCAGGUUCUGGCAGUACGGUCAGUGGGAGGACGUCCGAAUCGACGACUUGCUACCGACUUAUGGAAACAAUCUGAUCUACCUCAGCUCACCGGAAAAACGAGAGUUCUGGAGCUCCCUGCUCGAGAAGGCCUAUGCCAAGCUGAAAGGCGGCUACCGCGCCCUGGACAUGGGCUUCCCUCACGAGGCCAUGGUCGACAUGACGGGUGGGGUGGCUGAGGUUCUGAGUGUGGCCGUGCUUCCCAGGGAGCUUCCGGCGUUCCUGGCUGAGCUGCUAGCCAAAGGAGCGCUCAUCAACUGUGCCAACACGCAGGGUCCUGUGGAGUACAGGAAUGAUCUGGGAAUCAUGUUCAGACAUGCUUACUCGCUGACUGCCGUGGAGAAGGUGCAGACCACCUAUGGACCUGUGGACCUGGUGCGUAUUCUCAACCCGUGGGGCAACACAGAGUGGCUGGGCCCAUGGAGUGACCGAAAUGGGCCAGAGUGGAACACUGUGAGCGCCGAGGAGCAAAAGAGGCUGCACCGAAUCCAGCGGGAGGACGGAGAGUUCUGGAUGUCGGUGUCUGACUUCCGGCAGAACUUCGAGACAAUGGAGGUUUGUCAUCUGGCCGACCUUCAGAACGAUGCCAGUGUGCAACCGUGGUCGUGCGCAAUGCAUCAUGGGACUUGGGUGCCACAUAUCUCCGCCGGGGGCUCUCCCAAAGGGGGUUGGUUCUGGCAAAAUCCACAGUUUGGCUUGGUCCUCUCCCAAGUGGAGCAUGGAUCACCUGAGCCUCCCACGCGCUGCGCCUUUAUUUUGGCUCUCAUGCAGAAAUUUCAACGACGCAGAGGCAUCGACCUGUCCAUUGCUCUCCACAUAUACCCGGCACCUCACGAGGGCACCCACCUGUCACCUGAAGACCUGAGCAAGCUCCGGCCGGCGAUGAGCAGCAGCUACUACUCAUCGCGGCGAGAAGUGGUUCUCCGUGGCCACCUCCAGCCAGGUCGCUACGUCAUCAUCCCGUCUACCGCCGAGCCCAAUCAACAGGGAGCCUUCCUGCUGCGGGUACUGACCGAGCAAGGCCACGCCGCCACCCCAGCUCAACACCCCACACGUGACCUCACUUCAAUAACUGCACCUCAUUAUCCCCAUCAGGCAGCUCUCCCUUCGCUUAAAGCCAUGAUGCAGCUCUUCAAGAAGCACUGCAACAAGAGAGGAUUUUGCAAACCACAUCACCUUCACAGCCUGCUGACCGAGGCCAUCCAGGGAGGAGUGUUGGCAGGCAGUGAGAAGAACUUGGCUCUAGAACACUGCAAGAGCUUGGUGGUCCUCAUGGACAGUCAAGGGAUUGCUCAGCUAACAUGGUCAGAGUUCCAAGCACUCUGGGACAAGAUCCGGUUGUGGACGGACAUCUUUCUGGUAUACGACAAGAACAAGACACAACGUCUGGAGUACAAGGAAGUGGCCCCCGCUCUGAAGGCCGCAGGCAUCGUGGUGGAUGACCUGGUGAUGCAGCUGGUGGGCCUGAGGUACACGGAGUCGGACAUGACCAUCAGCUACCCUGGCUUCCUGUACCUCGUCAUGAAACUGGAGAGCAUGAUCCACAAAUUUCAUGCAUAUGACAUGGUGGGAAUGGGCUGCAUUUCAUUAAACUACAGACAAUGGCUCCACAUGACCAUUUACAACUGAGGCAGAAGAGUCACGGGAUAUCCUCCAGUGUUUGCUCUGCAUGUGUGAGGCCUUGAUGUUACACAUGUAAACUAUAGCUGCACCGACGGAAAGAUACAUGAAGCACAGUUUUUAUUGUUCAGGCCAUGAUUGAAACAUCGCUGCUUCUUUUUCUAUGUGCCUGCUUUGAAAACUUCUGAUGAUUAUUUGUGAUUAAUGAGGCUUUGUUUUAUUGUGACUGAGUAUAUGUACAGUACAGUGUGUGUGUGUGUGUAUGUAUGUGUAUAUACAGUAUAUAUAUAUAUAUAUAUAUCAAAUACUAACUGUACUGCAUUCUAAUUACACAAAAUCUGUGAAAUGAUAAAUACCUUACAUGUUCUUUUACUGUAUCCUCCAUUCUCAAAAGGUGGAACAAAUAUUUUUAUGUGUUCCCCUACAUGUGGCACUGCCUCUUUUAAAUUGUGCUCACGCCUUUGACCCUCUUUCUCUUGAUGUCCAUGGGGAGGGAAGCAUCUUUCGAGCUGAAGAAACUUUAUUUCACUUCGAAGUUUAAAUCUUUUAAUACAUUGCUGUGCCAUAUAAUUUGCGUAGGGGCACGCUGUACCACCAUAAUUGAGGGGAGGACAUCGUUUUUGCUUUUAUCGUCAGGUUUUGUGAUUGAGACGAUUAAACGCAAACAACACAAGAAGAAA